CUGAUAGCUACUACUCACCAUGUACAAAGCCAAAAUCUUGCAAAAAAUCAAAUCGGUGGCAGAAGCCCAUAAGAAUAAACCCAAAAACGAGUCCUUCCUGAACAUCGAGUGCAAGGAUUGCAAAACACUCGGACAUUUCAACAAGGCAUACCAUGAAUGCAAGUUUUACAAAGCAGUUUCUGCAAGUGACGUUGGAAGUAGCGGCAAGAAACGUAAGCAAUCAGCUACAAUCAAGGAAGAAAAGAAGCAAGCAAAGAGAAAGAAGAAGCAAACAACUGGAGAUAUCAUGUGUAUCAGUUGUGGCUUAAAGGGUCAUUCUACUUCUCGUUCUCUCGAAUGGUUAUACAGCCCAACUCGAACAAUUCUGUAAAGUCUUCGACUUCAAAAAGUUUGGCUUUAAGAG